AUGGCGUUUUUUUUACAAGAAACGUUCAAUCCAGACAUUCGACGAGAUCAACCUGAGACAUGGAGUUAUAAAUGGCCAAACUUUUCUAAACUCGGUAUACUUGGCAAUAACCGUUGGCUCUAUCCACAAGCUUGCGAUAAUCGGCAAAAUCCAAAUAUUUAUAAAGUUUUUCAAAUCCUAUUUGGUGAACGUGAAUUAAUAGUUAAUAUUACACGAGCCGGCUUAAUGCGACCGACAAAAAAUAUUUAUUUUUCAACGCGGAAUGAAUUUGAAGAUAGAGAAAACUGGAAAACAAUAUCUGAUUGGCUUCAUUUAGACAUGAAUCCAUUGACUGGACGUGCAACAACAUAUGGAUUUGAACACAGGAGAAAUCGUAUCAGUUGA